GACUGGCGCGGCGGGGUUGCAGUCUGAUGCGGGGAUGGGCGAAUGGAACUUGAGAUCUUCCACCAAACAUCAGCUGCAUCCUAGAUUCUUCAGCGGCCGUGUCUUGUCCUGGGGAGCGAGGGGUCGACGGGAAGAAAGGGUCAAUCAGGUGGGAGGGGCAGGAAACUGCCUGGUUCCUUGAGAUGGCCUGGCUGCUUCACGUGCCUCGAAAGCCGCUCGUUCUUCGAUUGAGCCGUCCACGGUGAAGUCCAGUACUGACUAUAGGACAUCACAGAAUUGCCUGGUCAUGGCUCUUUUCUCUAUAGCCACUCUGGGUGAUGACCCCAAUACUACGCACCGCCUAAAUGCCUGUGCUUACCAACAGUCGGCUAUCACGACCUUUGACGGCAUCCAGUAUGUCGCUUUCUAUACCUCGCGUGAAGCAUCCGGAGGCAGACGAGUUACCAUUGCACGCCAUCACAUCAAAGAUGCUCCAUCCGACUGGCAGUAUUUGACUUUUGAAGACUACGAACAAACAACUGAUGAUGGACACAACACUAUAUCGAUCGGGAUCUGUGCUGGUGAUGGAACAAUUCACGUGUCGUUUGAUCACCACUGUGACACGCUGAGGUAUCGCAUCUCACGGCCAGGUCUAGCAGAUGACCCCAACAAAUCCAGCUGGACAACAGAAAAUUUCGGUACAAUCCUGGAUCAUUUACCCGGAUGCAAUACCCUGGUGGAUGUUACAUAUCCACGAUUCAUUCCGGCGGGAAAGCAGAUGUAUUUCGAGUGCCGCAUUGGAAAAGCAGGCGCUGGUUCCGAUAUCCUCUACUGCUACGAUCCUGACACCGCGCAAUUUGCCUAUUUAGGAACCUAUCUGGUUGGAAGGAAAUGCAACCCAUACCCAAACGGGCUUUCCUACCACUUACCAACUGGUUGCUUACACGUUACCUGGACAAAUCGACACUUUAUCGACUACGAGGGGGCGAACGAUGGCGCUUCAACAGCCCACAAAGCACAGGCUGGUCCAAACGGCCCCGAGAAUAAUGAAGGCUUAUACCAUGCGUGCAGCCGGGACAACGGAGUCUCAUGGUAUGGAUCAGAGCAACAGCCAGUGGCUACCCUGUUAUCACGUUUAGGAACCGGACUUGAUUCCCAGGAUCGUCGGCUGCUUGCGAGGGAAAUCCCGAGGAACAGUGGCAUCAUGAACCAGGAGGCACAGUACGUCGAUGCUAACGGAGCAGUACAUGUGCUGAACCGGGAAAAUACCAGUGGAAAGGAAACGUGGGUGCACUACUACCGCUCUCCAUCAAGCGAUCAAUGGGACUCUUUCGCGCUACCUGAUAUUUAUCCAACACCUACCGGACCUCGGGGCAAGGUUGUACACAGCGAGAAGCUCGAUGCUGUCUUUUUUAUCCUCCCAUCCAACACAGAGCGUGAACUCAUAAUUAUACGGCGAAGCAUGGCUGAGACAAGAGGAGAAGCUCAAGUAGUAUGGAGGGAACUUGGAUAUACUGGGGAGCCGCUGGUCGACGAAGAGGCAUUCGCUCAAUUCGGGGUCCUAUCAAUUCUCAUGCUAAAGGACAUGGACGACGGGAAAAGGAAGGUCGUUGUGCUACAAUUUGACAUCAACCAACUCGCGCAGUGAAAGCCAUGUGCGCAUAAAAGAGCCCUUCGAGCGCUCAGCCGCAUGACCAUGCGUAGACCAGGCCUAAUUCAAGCCUCUAACCAGAAAGUCAAUUUCAUGAAAGUCCUUGCUUGUGACAACGUCUAGGAAUUUAUUUUCCACCAACAGGAGGAACAGAUAAGUUGCCACAGCACUUCUAGCUGUCAACAAAGUCCAUCCAAUCGCUUCGGGCUGUUU